GAAUUUAUGUGGAAGUAAGUUCCAAGUUCCAACAUUCAACCCCUUUUAAGUUUCAAGUAAAGUUGAAGUGUUUGAUCUAUUUUCUUCCCUCGAAAACAGUAUUCUCCUUGAAACGGCACCGUAUUUAUGUUCCUGCGACUUCCUUUCUUCCGUCCAGUUCUUGUGUUUCCGUACAUUUGUAGAAGAAUAUCAAUUUCAUCAUCAAGAAUCCCCCAUGUUGAGAUGAAUAAAAGAAAUGGCACUUUUAGUGAGAAGCAAGAAGCCCCUGUCAUCAGAAAAACAGCUCAAAGGAGAAUAUCGAUUGACAGUAUAGCUGCCAUAUCAAAACAUCUGGGUCUGAAAACCAACCAGCAGCAGCCUAAUGCUUCAACUAAAAAUAGCAAGAAUACAAGUUGCUCCUUAUCUGCAACCAACAACCAGUCUUCUGUUAUUGAAGUGACUCAUCAGGCUAAAACAUCUAAAUUGAAGAUGCCCGUUUCUUGUUUGGAGCAAACUCAUCUUGCUUCUUUUUUAGAUGCUGACCACAAAAAUAAAUGCUUGUUGCCUUCUGCGAGCCCUGGUUGUAGUAGCUCGGGAAAAGGUUCAUUGAAAGAGAAUGAAUCUUUGCUUGAUGUAAACUGUACACGCAAAUUGGAAGACUACUCUUUGCCUGUCAGCUUUGGAAAGCGAAAGAAACAACAUUCCAGGAAAGAAAAACCCACCAAGCAUACUCUGAAAGAUGACAGUAGUAGUAGGAAAACACAUUCAAAGAGCUGCGGCCCUGCUGAAGUGUUUGAUAUUUUCCAGUGUGAAGCUGAUGAUUCCAUGUCUCUGAGACAACCUCAAUAUUUUUCGGAUGAAGUAAAAGAACCUAAGGUGGAUAAGGAGCCUAGAGAAAGAGUGCUGAGGCCAGGGAUGAUUUUGUUAAAGAGUUACAUCUCAGACAGUGAACAGGUUUCUAUAGCAAGGAAAUGUAGGGAACUUGGCGUUGGUCCUGGGGGCUUCUAUCGACCUGGUUACAAAUAUGGAGCAAAACUUCGACUGCAUAUGAUGUGCCUUGGUCUUGAUUGGGAUCCACAGACAAGGGAGUAUCAGAAAAGAAGACUAAUAGACAAGUCUAAGCCGCCGGAUAUUCCAAUCGAGUUUAGUGAGUUGGUUAAAAGAGCUAUGCUAGAUUCACUUGCUCUCAUAAGGAGAGAUUAUCAAGUUUCUGAUGCUGAAGACAUCCUUCCUCAGAUGAAUCCAGACAUUUGCAUAGUCAACUUUUACUCUGAGACGGGGAGACUUGGUCUGCAUCAGGAUCGAGAUGAGAGUAGAGAGUCUCUAGUGAAGGGACUACCAGUUGUUUCAUUCUCAAUAGGGGAUUCAGCAGAGUUUAUGUAUGGUGAUGAAAGAGAUGUUAAUAAUGCAGAAAAGCUGAUAUUAGAAUCGGAUGUCUUGAUAUUCGGCGGUCCAUCAAGACAUGUUUUUCACGGUGUAACUUCCAUUAUACCGACCUCUGCCCCUCCCUUCUUGUUCGAACAAACCAGACUUGUUCCUGGCAGACUCAAUCUCACUUUUAGACAAUAUUGAAUUUCCUUCAGUUUUGGUGAUCACGGUUGAUUCCUGUAUCACUCUACUCAUGUGUGCUCUCUUUUCUUCAUUAGUAUAAUAGGUCACUUUUGUAUAUAACCUAGUUGUGGCCUUGCUUUUCGAAUGAAAGUUGUUAUAACUCACUAAUUCCAAUGAAAGUUGUUGGGACUGCCUCGGAUUAAUAAUAAUAAAAUAAAAAAAAGUUUACACUUUUUGAAAGAAAAUCAUCCAUAGUUGAGAUUGGUGACGUUAAUUUUUUUUUUUUUUUUUGAUAAACAAAUUAAUUUAUUAAUAAAAAGUCAUAUGACAUCUACGUAAAGAUUUAAAUCUAACAAAUACAUAACAAACGAAUCAAAUAAAAACUUUCUUUCACCAUAGUUACGAUCGUAGUAUAUCAAACAUUCUGUAUGCCCUCUUUUAUAUCGCUGUGAUUUACAGCCUUCAUUGACGAGGAGGUCUAUAGAUCUGUUGUAGCCAUGACAAAUAUGAUUUCCGCCUGAUUCGUCUAAUUGUAGUCGAAAGAUUGACAUCCUCUUCGAUCCCGCAUAAAUCUUUACCAAAGAAACAACCUGAAUUAAACUAACACACAAAACUUAACUAAAAAUAAAUCCACUAUAGGGGUACUUACUACACCGAAACAAUUAAACCCACCAUAGAGGUACUUACUACACUGAAACUAUGUAGUUUUAUUGAGAUCUAACCCAAAAACAUAACAUAAUUGAAAGAGAAGGGGCGAAAAUAACCAAAUUUCUGAAGAAAAUUGGCUAUUUCCGUCCUAAAAAACCCUGAUUUUUGUAAACUCUAAAAAGAGAGAGAAAAGAGGGAGAGAGGGGAGAAGCGGGGUCACGUUAAUUUUUCUUAAUAAUAAUAGUAGUAACAAUAAAAAUAAUUUAUCCUAAAAAUCCAUCAAUCCCGCAAAUUUGAUGGUGCGGGCGUGUGCACCGUGCUCUAGGUGCACCGGAAACAAAACGACAUAAAAAACACAUAAAACGCGCGUGUUUUAUUAAAUCCCGGGAACAAAAGAACAUUUUCCUUGAACAAAAGAACAAUACCCUAGAACAAAAGAACAUUAAAGGCUCUGUUCUUUUCAGCUCUGUAAUUCGCGUUUUUUAUUCGAUUCGCUUUCUUCUUGCGAUAUAUAUUCUUCUAGAUUUUAUGUUUUGAACUCAAAUUGUGAAGAGGAGAGAGAAAGUAUGAACUAGGUUUUCUAAAAUGGUUCUUAGAGAGAGAAAGUAGUGAAAAUUCCCAAAAAUUCGUUGAUUUUUCUGCUUCAACAUCAAAUUAAAUCGAUUCUUCUUCUUCAAAUCUGAAUUCUGCAGCUGAUAAUCAGAUUUUGGGAGGUAAUUUUUCAAUUUUGAAAUAAUUAAUUCUACGUUUUGAUGAUUUUGAUUUUGUAAUAAUCGUGUGUUUGAUGAUUUUGAUUAUUUUGAUUAUUUUGAUGAUUUUGUUUUUGUAAUAAUCGAGUUUUGAUGGUUUUGAUGGUUUUGAUGAUUUUAAUGAAUCAAAUUAUGUAAUUACGAUUUUUUUCCAGAAAAGAACAGUUUUACGUAUUAAAAGAACAUAUGCUCGUAUUAAAAGAACAGUUUCUUUAUGCUCGUAUUAAAAGAACAGUUUCAUUAUUGUAGAAAAAUAGACCAUUUGCGUUUCAUAAUUUGUUCUUUCAUUCUAUUGUGUUCUUCUUUUUUAUUAUUUUCAAUUUCAUUUGCGUUUCAUAACUUGUUC